GAAUGUUCACAAAUUAUCAAGAGCAGUAAUUUAACGUAGGAAAAAAACAAGGGGCGUUUGGAAUAAAAACUUGACAGGUGUCAAGUUUACAUUAGAUUUUCCCUUGAGUUUUUAAUGAAUUCAACUAUUUAUUUUUGUACUUAGCAUUAAUCGAAUAGAUGUUCCUUUUUAGAUGUUGUGAAAGUUCCAAAUGAAUGAAGCUCGUACCAUUGAGUGCAAAUAACGGAAUGGUGUACAGUGUUAAGUUUAAAGUGUUGCAAAAUUCGUAAAUGGGAUGAAUGAAGAGGAUUUAGUGAAAAGAUCGGCCGAAGAGCGAGAGAAAAUAUUUUUAAGAUAUGAGCAAGGUAGAGAAGGUGCCGAAAUUGACCCGUGGGAAGAUCCGGGUUUCGAGGUAUAUCACACCACAGAUAGGUAUGGUUUCAUUCAUGAUAAGAGACUGCCAUCCAAAGUGGACCCGCAGGAAGCAAAGAGGCUGCAGAUCGAAGUAGAAAGGCAGAAGAAAUGGUUGAAGAUGCUCAAAAACUGGGACAGCCCGAUCGCUAAAGAAAAACUCCAUUCGAGGGUGUACAAAGGCAUACCCAAUUCUCUUAGAACUGAAGUUUGGGCUAAAUUACUACAGGUCGAACAAAUGAAGAAGCAACAUAAAGGUGUGUACGCAGAAAUGAUGAAACUAUCUAGAAAAUAUUCCACAGACGCUAGACAAAUAGAUUCGGAUGUAAAUAGGCAAUUUAGGGAACAUCUACAUUAUCGUGAAAGGUACAGCAUCAAACAGCAAUCACUAUUCAAUGUUUUAACAGCUUAUGCAAUGUUCAAUUCAGAGGUCGGCUAUUGCCAAGGUAUGUCAGGCUUAGCGGGUGUACUGCUUAUGUAUAUGGACGAAGAAGAUGCCUUUUGGGCUGUACACAUUCUACUAACGAAUCCUCGAUUCGCCAUGCACGGGCUGUACAAGGAGGGAUUCCCCAAAUUGACUCGUUUUUUGGCACACCACGAUAAAAUUCUCACUAAACUAUUGCCCAAGAUCAAGAAGCAUUUCGACAAGCAUGGUUUGGACGCCAUAUUGUACUCACUUAAGUGGUUUUUUGUUUGUUUCAUAGAAAGGGUUCCUUUUAAUUUAUGUUUGCGUAUCUGGGAUAUAUACCUGUUAGACGGCGAAAGAGUGAUAACAGCGAUGGCUUAUACAAUACUCAAAUUACACAAAAGACAAUUACUGAAACUCGGUGAUAUGGAUUCGAUCGUAAAUUUCAUACAGGUAAAAUUGUACAAAGACUUCCAAUACGACGAAGACUCGGCGAUCAGGCACUUGGAAGCCUCGAUGGAGGAAUUGAAGAAACACAAACUCGACCUUCCCGGUCCGCCGACCAAAGACGAGCUGCCCGUAGGCCCGUUCGGGGUGUUCAAAGAGCCCACGUUUGAAGAGAUAGUGGGCAUCCGCAAGGAUGCCUUCUCGUCGGACGAGAAACGCAUGAACGAGAUCGUCAUGUUGGCGAGCGAAGCGGCCAAAGAGACAUCGGCCUACGAAAAGGACAGGGAUUGUCAGCUGUCGACGGCCGAUUCCGUCGGCUUUACAGGUACCGAUACCGAAAAUAACAGUACGCUCGGUAGUAGCACCUCUUUAGCUAGCAUAAGCAAGAGCAGUUCGAAGUUCUCCUUCGAUCCGAGCAUGGACGACGCCAGCUCGCUCCUGGACUGCGAGCACACGGGCUCGAGGCGCUCGCUGGCCGACACCAGCGUGACGUCCACGGCUGACCUGUCGGUGUUCUCGACGGUGACGCGCAGCCAGCAGCACGACAACAGCCUCGACACGCACAGCAACAUGUCCGAUAACUCGGCGGGCGGCGUCAGCUCGGCGGGCUCGGGCGUCGGCGCCACCGGCAGUCUGCAGCGCGCCGUUUCGGGGCGGUCGACGCCUCGGGCGGCGACGCGCGUCCCCAGCCCCGACGUGUUGCGCAUCUACGUGCCGUACACGCCGCUCGACACGCCGGUGGCCAGUCCGCACAACGGCUUCCUCGACGCCAACAAGAUCCGCAUCCGGAUCGACAACGACGAGCUGCCGACGCCGUUGGUCGAGCACGGGCAAAUCAAGAAUUUCAGAUUGGAUGCUGCUAUCGAAUACGAUUUGACAUGAACGCGCUUCGAGCGCGCGAAACGCUUUAUUCGGAUUACUAAUACCGAUAUCGACAAAAUAGCAGAAGAAAACCUGUUAUUGCAUGAGUAAAGUGCAAAAUUGUUUGCA